CGUGUGUGUACAUUCGUGAACGGAAAAUGAUGGCGAUUAUCCAGACGCUCGAAGAGCCUGAGCUCGCUGUGGAUGGAGGUGGCCGUGAAAACUAACAACACUUACGGGGAAAAGUUGUUUGCUUUGGAAGAUCGUGACCCGUCUCGACCCUUGGACGCUUUCAGACGUCGGAAAAAGCGAGUGGAUAAAGGCUGAGACUGUAAACUGUUGUAAUAUUCAAGUGUGAAAGAGCCACGUAGCUUAGAGAUCCAGAUCACACACACACACACACACACACACACACACACACACACUGGCCUAGUGCUUUUAAAGCCUCCAAACAUACACAUCAACCUGAAGAAGAGGAGCGAUCGGGAGAAUAAGAUAUACAAAGCGGAACGAGCUGUUGGAGCAAGCAGUGCCUCUCCUGUAGUGUGGAUGAGGGAGUCAUGGCUGAACACACCUCCCCGCUGGAGUCCGGCCAGUUGCUCAGCCCAGACAUCCCGAUGCUCACCUCCCCGCCACCCCCUCCACACCCGCCCAACAUCGUCAACGGAGACGGACCACAACAGGUAAUCUUGGUGCAGGUAAACCCAGGAGAGGCCUUCACCAUCCAGCGAGAUGAUGGUCAGUUUCAGUGUAUCACAGGUCCUGCUCAGGUUCCCAUGAUGUCCCCAAACGGUUCAGUGCCUCAAAUCUAUGUGCCUCCUGGAUACGUUCAACAGAUCAUUGAGGAGAAUGGAGUGAGGCGGGUGUUGGUCUUACCUCAGACGGAGUUUCAUCCGGGGGGCCAUUCCCCGCUUCACCACCCGCCCCCCCCACCGCCCCACGCCCACCUGCAGGCCUUCAUUCCGCACCCGCACAUCAUGCACGCUCCCCCUCACCUGUACUCAGGCAUGGCUGGAGGAACUGGGGAUAUGAACCCCCAGUACAUCUCCCAGUAUCACCCAGCACACACCACCAUCUACCCAGACCAGGAAACUCACCCCCAACACGGACGCGCGGCAUUUGCUCACAGAGAUGAAAGGGCUAGCAAAACCUAUGAGCGUCUGCAAAAGAAACUGAAGGAGAGGCAAGGGUUGGGCGGAGGGGGAGGUGGAGGCGUGGCCCCCUCCAAAGACAGUCCCCCUCCAUCCCCGCAGAAGAGCCGCGGGACGCCGCCCUCAGGGGGAGAUCUGCAGAACGGGCUGGGGGGUAAGGGCGCAGAGGAGCAGGCACAGCCCAGCGCUGCUGUCGCCGGCCUGGGCAAGAGCCCAGGAAGAGGGAAGGAGGCAGAGUCUGGAGAACUGGACGAAGCAGCAAAGGCUCUUCAGGAAUGCUUAAACUCCAUCUGCAAACCAGUGGUGACGGACAUCCAGGCCAGGGGGGCCAGUUUGAGUUGGGUGGCCCCGUCGCGGACAGAAGGGGAUGAGCAGCCCAAAGAGGGAGAAGAAGUGCCCGCGGAGCCCAGCCUCACGUACGAGGUCUCGGUUUCGUACAACGGCAAGGACGGGAAGUACAAGGCCGCCCACAGUGGUGUGGAACUAAGUGCAACCUUACAAGACUUAAGACCAGCAACGGACUACCACGUCAGGGUCCAGGCCACGUGUAACUGUUUACAAGGCGUCCCUUCCGAGCCCGUGAGCUUCACCACGCUGAGCUGCGAGCCCGACACACCCAGCGCUCCACGCAAAGCCAGCGGCACCAAGAGCAGCCUCGUCCUGCAGUGGAAGGCGCCGUGUGACAAUGGCUCCAAAAUCCAGAACUAUAUUCUUCAGUGGGAUGAGGGGAAGGGGACGUCUGUGUUUGAGCAGUGCUACUACGGCCCUCAGAAGCAGUACAGACUCAGCAAACUCUCCACAGCUUCCAGAUAUUCCUUUCGGCUGGCAGCCAAAAACGACAUGGGCGUCAGUGAGUUCAGUGAAGUGGUCCACAUCAUGACGUCGUGCAGCGUUCCGGCCCCGCCCUUAAGCCCGGAGUUGGUUCAGCCCGGGGUCACAUGGCUCUGUGUGCGCUGGCAACGGCCGGCCGGAUCGCCCAAAGAGGACGACAUCGGCUACGUGUUGGAGAUGGAAGAGGAGGGCUCAGGUUACGGGUUCCAGGCCAGUUACGAUGGAGACGAGCUGUCACACACCGUCAGAAACCUCCACAGGAGCACCACGUACCGCUUCAGGGUGGUGGCCUAUAACGCGGAAGGGAAGAGUAACCCCAGCGCUGUGUCAGAGUUCACCACGGCCCCUGAUAGGCCGAGCUGCCCCUGCAGACUCGCUGUGAAGGGCAAACCUCACCCGACCAGUUUCCGCCUGACCUGGGAGCCUCCCAAAGACAAUGGCGGCUCAGAUGUGACGAAGUAUGUGGUGGAGCUGUCUGAAGGGUUAUGUGGGUCUUCUUGGAAUCAGGUGUACAGCGGUUCGGCUAUGGAGUGUGUUUGUGACGGUCUGAGCCCAGGAUGUUCAUACCAGGCUAGAGUCCACUGCAUCAGUGCGGGAGGCGAGAGCCCGUUGACGGAGGCCUUGCAGGUCCAAACGCCGCCUGUUCCUCCCGGCCCGUGUCAGCCGCCCAGGGUCGUGGGCAAACCCAAAGCCAGAGAGGUGCAGAUACGAUGGGCGCCCCCUCUGGUGGAUGGAGGAAGUGCAGUGUCUUCGUACAGCAUGGACAUGUUGGCUCUGCAGGGGGAGGAGAGCAGGGAAGUGUACCAGGGCUGUGAGCUGGACUGCACAGUGGGCAGUUUGCUGCCCGGCAGGACCUACGCCUUCCGGAUCAGAGCUGCCAACAAGGCUGGGUACGGCCCUUUCUCGGAGCGCUCUGAGGUCACGACGGGUCCGGGGGCCCCUGAGACGUGUCGGGCCCCUCAUGUCACCUGUAAAUCACCCACGUGUGCUGUGGUCAGCUGGGAGGCCCCGGUCUGUAACGGAGCAGCCGUCUCGGAGUACCGCCUGGAGUGGGGGGCGGCCGAGGGCAGUAUGCAGCUGUGUUACACUGGUGCUGCACUGUCCCAUGAGAUGAGGGGGCUGCUGCCCGCCACCAACUACUUCUGCAGAGUCCAGGCGGUGAAUGUCGCGGGUGUGGGGCUCUUCAGCGACGCUGUGCUCUGCCAGACGCCCUGCUCUGUGCCAGCGACGGUCAGCAGUGUCCACGCUCUCCGUGAGUCCGAGAUGAGAGUGGAGUGCAGUACUGCGGAGAGGGGCGAGGAGGAGGAGGAAGAGGAGGAUGAAGAAGAUGAAGAGGCCACUCCUCUCCUCUACUCUCCGUCCACCUGCCUCGGGCUGCGCUGGGAGGCGCCGUGCGAUCACGGGUCAGAAAUCACGUCUUACCUGAUCGACCUGGGAGAGAAACAACCCAUCCUUACAGGGCCAGUAACCAAAUACAUCAUCCAGAACCUGCAGCCCGACACCACCUACAGGAUACGGAUCCAGGCUCUGAAUAGUCUGGGUGCAGGACCCUUUAGUCACACCUUUAAACUGAAGACCAAGCCACUGCCACCCCUCCCUCCCCGUCUGGAGUGCACCGCCUCCAGCCACCAGACCCUCAGGCUCAAGUGGGGCGACGGCCCGGCCAAGGCCCAACCCACCGAUUCCCUACAAUACCAUCUCCAAAUGGAGGACAGAAAUGGGAGGUUUAUAUCCUUGUAUAAAGGACCUUGUCACACUCACAAAGUGCAGAGGCUAAAUGAGUCUACCUCCUACGCGUUCCACAUCCAGGCCUUUAACGAGGCGGGCGAGGGGCCCUUCUCCACUGUUUACACCUUCACCACCCCCCUCUCCCCACCGGCACCCCUGAAAGCUCCUCGCGUGGAGCGCGUGGACGAGUCGUGCGAGGUGAGCUGGGAGACACUGCCACCUAUGAAGGGAGAUCCAGUCAUCUACUGUUUGCAAAGCAUGCAGGGAAAUUCUGAAUUCAAACAGAUCUACAGGGGCUCCGCCACUUCCUUCCAGCUCCCCAACUUGAGCUCGUCCACGGACUACCGGUUUCGCGUCUGCGCCAUCCGGCAGUGCCAGGACGCCCCCGAAAUCAUCGGGCCCUACAGCUCCACCGUCAUCCUGCUCCCGCCUCGCAUCGACACCCCCGGGGCCUCCGGCGCCACGGGGUCCAAAGCGGCCGAGGCCCAGAAGCCAAAACGCAGCCUGACGGACGAACAGUUUUCUUUCCUCAUCAUCGCCCUCCUGGCCGUGACCUCCAUCCUCAUCGCGGUCGCCAUCCAGUACUUCGUGAUCGAAUGAGCCUCGGUUGCCGCGCUACAUCGUUCAAAGCGAGUUGGUUUCGUUGAUGUUUCUUUUUGUUUCUUUAUUUCCGUUUCGUGGCGCAAGCGUCGAGGAGCCGCUCGAAGGGAAGGAUCGAGAAAAGGAAGUUGUAGAGUCACCCAAUCUAUCGUUCUGUCUUUCUCGCUCGCCUUCUGCGCAUGCCGUCAAAAGAACGCCGUUUCCCUUCCCCCGACGGACUCGGGGAGUGCGGUUUAUUGAAGGAUCAGCAGCGAAGCUUAGCGCUCGUCGCGUACUCGCCGUACCACUUCAUUUAUUUGUGUAGCUGUAGUCUUUAUGUUAUUUAUACGUAUCAUUUUCUGUGGAGUGUAAGUUUCGUUCAGUGUUCCAAAGCUAGCUCGGUGGUCGCGCCGCUCACCGGUUUGCUAUCUUGGGCCUGGGACUUGAGGGCCAGUGACCACACCGUCAGCGACCCGGGGAGAUAAAUGAAGGGGAGGCGAGACCGAUACCGCUCGAAUUAGCGAAACGUUGAUUUAGCACUUUCCUCAGAACUUUUUUUGAUGUUCAGAAUGUGUAAAGGAUGCAAAAAUAACUAGAGAAAUGUUAGUAUAUUUUUGUACAGUAUGAUUACGAGGACCUGAGAUAUUCUGGCUUAGUACGGGAAGUAAGACUACGACUAUGAAUACCAAACUAACUCAGCUUAAUAGUUAUUUUUACUAUCAUGUACGUAUACUGUAGCUUGUUUUUACAAUCAAGCAGCUGCUUUGCUCCAAAAUAUUGUCGUUCAGCACAAACAAUGUACGCUUUCUCGGAAACCUUUCCUUCAGUCGUUACCUUUGCACCUUAGUGAGAAGAGAAAAAAAAAAUACUUAUUGAAUGCGUCUUGAUCUUGUGAUGCGUUUUAUGGAUCAUGUUCUCCGGUUGUGCAAGCCCUCAAUGUGUUUUGGCUGUUUUUAAAAAUGUAGUACCACAAAAUUUGUUCUUGAAAUGGUUGAUUCUUGACAAGUCAUAUAGUAUUUUCUUAAUUUCUCUAUUGGUCGUUUUUUCGGGGGUGGGAGGAGGAGGGGGUUGUUUAGUUUUAGAAAGCAAAAUAUCACAUUGUUAACCUUUUACUUUUAGCAAUAUUAUUUUUUUGAUGUAAUCUCGAGAUUAUUGAAUAUAUGACUAAAUGUUUUCAGAUGUUUUUUUUUUUUUGUUUAAAUCACACAUUUGAACUUUAUUUUUUUAUAUGGAAAGUAAAACCUUUAAGUUAAUUCUGUCCAGCAAAGAAAUUAAGAAAAGCGCAAGAAACAAAACGCAAACCGCAGUAAUGAAUUGUGUUAAUCCUACAUGUACUUCCUGUGAAAUCGAAAUUUUUGCCUUUUUCUCUGUGUGUUUAAGUCUUGUGACUGAUUGUCAACGCUGCGCGACGACAGCAUGACGUUCCGGUCGUAGGGUUUCGUGUUUUGUGCUUUGGUUAUGGGCAUAUGAGUGCUGUCAACAACAGUUAACAACUACAGGUACCUUGCAAGGAGUCUUGAAUGAAAAUGAAUUACAUGAUUUGGUCUAAUAGAUAUUCUGCAAAUGUCUUCUGUUUGUCAUUGAAGGAAAAAAAAAGAAAAAUCUCAAAUUCCUAUUUUUGAUAGUGAUACAGUGUAAUUGCAAAUUGUGCCAUUUUAACAUCUCCCCACCAUGGUAGGCGUUUGGUUCUCGGGAGAAAGAAAAACGACAAAAAAAUCAAUAAAAUAUGCACAAAAAAUGAGACCAUUUUUAUGUAAUUUUAAUGUUUGCAGUUACCUCAUACACCGUACAUUCCAAAACAAAAAUUUGUUAUAGUAUACAUACUACAAGACAUAUCACUUUAAAAUGUUAUCAGAUAGGAAAUGUAUAAUCAUAUAUAUGUAUCGAAAAAGUGUGUCUGUAUAGUCAUGAUAUCUACAGAUGGAUCCAUGCACAAUAAAAGAUUUAUAAUUCUUAA